AUGGUUGUCAAAAUCCGUCUCGCCCGCUUCGGGCGUCGAAACCAGCCCUUUUACAACAUCGUUGUUGCCCACGCUCGAACGGCUCGUAACUCCAAGCCGCUCGAAGUCAUCGGCACAUAUGACCCGAUUCCCAAGGCCGACCCUUACGACAAUUCUGGAAAACUUCACAAGGAUAUCCAACUCGAUCGUGCGCGCGUGAUGUACUGGGUCGGUGUUGGUGCACAGCCUACGGAUACGGCAUGGCGAUUACUCUCCAUGAUUGGCAUUCUACCAAAGAAGCAGUUCGGUCCCAAGAAGGACGAGUUAAAAGGUGUUUUGGACAAGAACGAAGUCCAGAUUCGAUAA